CCAAAACAACAAGCAGCGAAAUUUGAAAAAUUCUAAACUGAGUAUUAGACUGGGAGCGGACAGGGCGCGGGCUGUCUGCGGGAUUAUCGAGCUUUUUAACGGGUACAGAGCUGAGCUGCGGGCGGUGUAGACUGCGCGGGGAGCCGGGGACUCGCUGGUUGAGGGUUAUUGAUUAUGUAGGAUUAGUUAUGAUCAGGUUAGAGGAGUUUAAUCACCCCUUUCUCUGCAGAUCAUACACUAACCCCCUGAUCACAGCCCGGAGUCAGCAGAUUCACAGCAUACAUAACUCCAGAAUUCAUUAAAUAAACUCUGAAUCUGAUCAGCCAGGCUGAGACAGGGACAUGGAGGCUCCGGAGAAGCCGGGGGAGAAGCCAGCGGGGGCGGUGGAAGUCCCCAAGCCGCCCUCCAUCGAGGAUUUCACCGUGGUGAAGCCCAUCAGCCGCGGAGCUUUCGGGAAGGUUUUCCUCGCCAGAAAGAAAAGCAACUCCAGGCUGUACGCUGUAAAGGUGGUGAAAAAAGCAGACAUGGUGGACAAGAACAUGAGUGAUCAGAUGCGGGCGGAGAGAGACGCACUCGCUCUCAGUAAAAGUCCUUUUAUCGUACGCUUGUUUUACUCUCUUCAGACUGCAACUAAGGUGUAUUUGGUAAUGGAGUACCUAAUAGGUGGAGAUGUGAAGUCUCUGCUUCACAUCUAUGGGUACUUUGAAGAGGACAUGUCGUUAAAAUACAUCUCAGAGGUGGCACUAGCUCUGGAUUACCUUCAUAGGCAUGGAAUUAUUCACAGGGAUCUAAAGCCUGACAACAUGCUGGUCUCCAAUGAAGGACACAUCAAGCUGACUGACUUUGGCCUCUCCAAAGUGAAACUUGACAGAGAGUUGAGUCUUAUGGAUAUACUGACCACACCAUCUUUGGCAAAACCGAAGAAAGAUUAUUUCCGGACUCCUGGUCAGGUUUUGUCCUUGAUCAGUUCUCUUGGUCUUAAUACUCCAGUUAUGGAAGGCAAGCGUCACAGCAGCGCCUCGGCCGUGGCCAGUCCUGUCUCCUGUGGGAAAGUGGUGCAGAGGAAGAGCUCUUUCUGUUCUCCUCUGAUGGCCAGAAGAAGAGAGAUGCUGCGUUCACCUGUCUGCACCUCACGAGCCCUCGGAGUUAACAGCGUCUUUAGUCCCAGUGUUUUGGCUAGAAGCCUGACGCCGAGGCUGAUGAAGUCCAGGAAGAGAUUUGAGUCGCUGAGUGUUGGCAGCGCUCACUCGUGCCUCCUGCCGUCAACCACCGACUCUGAAAGCUGCAUCAGCCCACUGUGGGAGGACGAGCAGAAACUGGAAGGUGACGAGAACCUACCUCCACCACAUGGAAAGGAUGUGGUUGACCAGGCUGCACUGAAACGUCCUGUGAGUGCAUCAGAGGGAAGGAUAAGCCGAGAAAUGCGUAUUCCUGGAAGCGAGACACCACUGACACCAAUCCACAACUUCAACUCAGGGUCAGGGUCUUCUAAUAAAGCUCAAGUAGACGUGAGGAACACGAUCCCAGACAUUUCAGCAGGAAAGAGGCUUCACUUCACUGAAGCUGAGCUCUGUUUCACUCCAAACGCUAAAACUGCUCCCAAACAGACAUUUGAGAACAGCUUAGCAAAACCUGAGACGGGAUUUGUGUGCGUUGGCCGAUCACCGGAGACUGAGACAGCUCUGAAGCUCAGCUCUUCGGUGAAAAGGGGGUUUGCAGAGGUGGACAAAAGUCCUGAGCAAGCUGAGAUCCAAGCCAAGAAGACGGACGCUGAGUAUAGGAGAUGUUUUCCAAUUCCGGAGAACGAUAUGAGGGGUCACACAGGAUUGACGGGGAUUUUCUCAGCUGUUGGAUUAGGUGGUGAUGGAGCGGUAUGGAAGGACUCGGAUCAGAGAGACAGGGGCGUCCCCAAGCAGUCCAGCCCCACCAACGUGGCCAAAAAUCUUCUCUGCGAGCUGGAAGAUCCUCGAGAAUCUGCCACCACUGCUGCCGCUGUGGCCAGCUCCAGCUUCACUUCUUCUCCUGACGAUGGCCGAGACCUGAGGAGGAGCCUCAGCCUGGACUCUGACAGCUCAGUCUACUCGCCUCCGAUUAAAGACUCUCCGAGAGGGUCUCUCCUGCCAUCGUUCCAGAAGCUUGAUGAACAUGAGAUAUCUGCUGUGGCUCCACUGCAUGCAGAGUCCACAACUGCAGCCGGCCCACAAAAUCACCAUCACCACCAACAUCACCACCACCACCAACACCACCAUCACCAUCAUCAUCAUCAUCAUAAGAGCGAAUCAGACUGCUCUGUGGUGGAUCAUCACCACUUCCAGUCCAGUAGCCUGGUCAAAUCUCCUUCCUUCCUCAAGCCCAGGAACGUGGUUGCCUUCAGAAGCUACUGCAGCUCCAUCAACCGCUCCAACAUGUCCUGCAGCUCCCGCCUCAGUAUCGCGUCAACCGAUGCAAUGGACACGUCCACCUCAGCCUCAGCCUCCUUCUACAGUGCUCCAAAUGCCAUGACCCCUGUGCAGAAGAAAAGACCCAGUCUCAACAGUUCUCUGUACCAGACUCCACAGCCGAUGGUUUUGUCCCACACUCCCUACCGAACCCCCAAGAGUGUCCGUAGAGGUCCGGAACCGGUGGUAGGGGCUCCCAUCCUGGGCACACCCGACUACCUGGCCCCAGAACUUUUACUAGGGAAACAGCACGAUUUCAUGGUGGACUGGUGGGCACUGGGUGUCUGCCUCUUCGAGUUCCUGACUGGUGUGCCGCCGUUUAAUGAUGAAACCCCUCAGCUUGUGUUCCAGAACAUUCUCAACCGAGAUAUACCGUGGCCUGAUGAAGAAGAGGAAUUGUCCCACAAUGCGAGGAAUGCCAUAGACAUUCUCCUUACCACAGACAUGAACAAACGGGCAGGACUGAAAGAGCUAAAGGCACAUUCGUUCUUUGCUGGUUUGGAUUGGGACAACCUCCAGAACCAGGCCAUGCCCUUCAUUCCUCAGCCUGACGACGAGACAGACACGUCAUACUUUGAGGCGAGAAACACUGCCCAACACCUGGCUCUUUCAGGCUUCAGCCUGUAACUCAGCCACUCAGCACACAGUCAUGGUUCUGGCAGCAGCUGGCUGACGGUUCACCAUGCAGAUCUUUCAGGGACUACUGAUGCAAUAGCUACUACUGUGCAAUCGAUGGCUAUAGAAAUCCACAGCUAUAUGUCUUCCUUUUACUCGUCUUCGUAUUUGUCUUUCUGUCUGUCUGAGUUUGUUAAUGUUCUAACUGUUCCUGUUGCUUCUGUAGAUGGCCGAUCUCUGAGUCCAUUAAUAUGACUCUGACUAUGAGGUAGUAAUGGGUAAAAUGGGUAAAUAUAUAAAAGAAAGGGUUAUAUGUUUACUUAAUUAACUGUUUUUAAAGAAUGAAGCUUUAACACAUCUUAAACAAAGGAUACAACUGGUUUAUGAUGUUGCUGAUCUACUUUGGCCUCCAAUAGAGUUACCAGCCACAGUUCAGGUUGUGACUGGUGUAAUAAAGCACUGAUUUCAGAUCAGCACUCUUAAUCUGAGUAGUUUUAUAUAAACAGGAGCUCUACUCAAUUAGGUUUAAAUGCUUUUAGUGCGCUAUUAGUUAGUGUACUAUUACUGUCAUGCUAAAAUUAUAUAUAUAUAUAUAUAUAUAUAUAUAUAUAUAUAUAUAAUUUGUCAGGUGUUUUAAUAUUGUCAAGAUAUCACGUUGACCAAUAGAAAUGCUCCAAAACAUCUUUUUAGACUUUGGCUUUUUACUAAAACUGAAAUAUCUUCUGUAAUGAUGACAUUCUGGAGAUCAAAGAUUUUGGCAUAACUGUAUUAAUAUGGAGUAUUGGGGGGGGCGGGGCUUGGGAUACAUUAUCAUAACACUACUAUAAGUUCUGUCAUUACAUUGGCUUAAAUUGACUUCCACGUCUUUUACAUGAGUUUCUUAAUAAUGGUAUUAUUUACUUGUAACUUCUGUUAGACAGUUACAUGGUUUAUCAUUGUAUUCUGAACUAUUUUGUGCACUUUCUAUACAAAAAACAAGUACCUUUCAGUGUGUGAUGGAUGUAAAUAGUACAUAUGUUUAAAUAAAAUUCAGAUAAUAUUUCA